UCCAAUAAUUAGAGAAAAAUAUUGGACUUAUGAACUCUGCGUUGGUAUUGGUCAGUAAUGAUUCCCUAAAUGAAGACCAAAGUGACUGAAUACUGAAUCAAGAUUAGUUUAACUGGGACAAUCAGCUACCAGAUUGUUAAUAAUUUCAGUGUUCUACAUUUAAAUACUAAAAAAAUGUCUCGAGUUCUUGUUGGAGUUAAGCGAGUAAUUGAUUAUGCUGUAAAGAUUCGCGUGAAGCCAGAUAAGACUGGCGUGGUAACCGAAGGGGUUAAGCACUCCAUGAACCCGUUCGAUGAGAUAGCGAUCGAGGAGGCUGUGAGAAUGAAGGAGAAAAAAUUAGCGGACGAAGUUAUUGCCGUCAGCUGUGGGCCUGCUCAAGCCCAAGAGACUCUGAGGACAGCGCUGGCCAUGGGCGCUGACCGGGGAAUCCACGUCGAGGUUUCUGGAGCUGAGUACGAGACUCUUCAACCUCUCCAUGUCUCCAAGAUUUUGGCCAAGUUGGCUCAAGAAGAGAAGGCAGACAUUGUUUUCGUUGGGAAGCAGGCUAUUGAUGACGAUUGCAACCAGACUGCUCAAAUGACUGCUAGUAUUUUGGACUGGCCUGCUGGGACUUUUUGCAGCAAAAUCGAGCAUGGACAAGGUGAACUAACAAUCACCCGAGAAGUCGACGGAGGUCUAGAAGUAGUAAAAGUAAAAACCCCAGCAGUCCUGAGCGCAGAUUUGCGCCUGAACGAGCCUCGCUACGCAACUUUGCCGAAUAUCAUGAAGGCCAAGAAGAAGCCGAUUAAAAAAGUAACUCCAAAAGAUUUGCAAGUAGACACAGCAGCCAGGAUCGAAGUAGUUUCUGUUGAAGAUCCACCGGUGAGACAAGCUGGCUCCAUUCUACCCGACGUUGACGCUCUCGUCGGAAAGCUUAAGGAAGCUGGUCAUGUUUAAAUUAAGUACUCAAAUUUUAAGUGUCUUAAUUAAUUGUUGAGUAUAAACAGUUAGUAGAUUUUUAAAUUUUAUUUUUUUUAUUGGAUGGUACAACAAAUUUUGUACAUUAAUUAAAAUUUAAUAAAUUUAUAAUGUGAUUUUUGAUAAAAUUAUCCUAUAUUAAUUAAUAUUCAUGCACAAUAUACAUAUAUAUGAUAAUAACUUUAUAAUAAAAUAUUUUUAUAUAUAUAUAUAUAUGUAAUAUAAAAGAAUCUAUCGCUAGUCUUUGGUUAAACGAAACAGCUCAGGCUGGAAUCAUUUGUCAUCACAUAUUUCUGUUAGUAUCAAUAAUAAUAAUUAAUAAUUGCCGUUUUUUUUAAUUAAUUAGUUAAUUGAAUAUAUAUUUAUUUAUUUAAUAAACUAUUGCGGUAAUUGACAACUGGUUUCUAAAAUAAUUUAUAAAUUUUGCCGGCGGACAAAAUAAAUCCGAUUUUAAUAUUUGUACUGUUUUUAGUCUUGCUAAGGUUUAAUUAAAUCUAUUUAGAUUGUAUUAAUAAAAUUAAAAAUACUCGUUA